AUGCGCGCUUUCGUAUUAAUAUUGUCGCUUUUUGGAGCUAUUCUUUUGGCGCGAUCACAUAGUUUAGAAGAUAUACCUUCUGGACUUGAACACGAUAAUGUAGGCGCUCGGCUUGCCCGGCAACAUGGUGGUCAUGGCGGCUUUGGUCAAGGUGGACAUGGUGGUUUUGGUCAAGGAGGUUUUGGUCAAGGUGGACAUGGUGGACAAGGAGGUUUUGGUCAAGGUGGUCAUGGCGGUUUUGGUCAAGGAGGUCAUGGUGGCCAAGGAGGAUUUGGUCAAGGUGGUUUCGGACAUGGUAGUCAGGGUGGCUUCGGACAAGGUGGUCAUGGUGGCCAAGGAGGCUUUGGACAAGGUGGUCAUGGUGGCCAGGGAGGCUUUGGACAUGGAAGUCAAGGAGGAUUUGGUGGCCAUGGACACCGAGGUUAA